AUGGCCACAACACCAGCGGCGCCCUCCCCGGCUGCCACCACCUCGAGCACCGACUCCAAGCUCGAGGUGUGGAAGGAGAGCCUCUACGACGCCUUCCAGAAGGCCGGCGACGAGAACCAGCUCUUCUCCCAGUACGACAUCCUCGAGUUCGACGUCAUCCCCAACCGCGACACCGUCACCCUCCUCAAGGUCCUCCAGAGCCUGACCAACGACCGCCUCCUCAUCGCCGUCUCCUCCCAGACCGGUCUCGCCUGGCGAUGGCGUUCCACGGAGGAUGCAGAGAAGUACAAACUCUGCUCGACCGACGAACAGCGCAUGGUCUACGGCGCCAUCGACGAGGCGGGCGGCGACGGCAUCUGGUCCAAGACGAUCCAGCACCGCCUCAACAUGCACGACUCGGUCCUCAAGACGGCCCUCAAGCAGCUCCAGGGCAAGGGCCUCAUCGCCCCCUUCAAGAACGUCGAGCACCCCAACAAGCGCAUGUUCAUCAAGGCCUCCAUGCGGCCCUCCGAACGCGCCACCGGCGGGCCCUGGUUCACUGACAGCACCCUCGACGAGGCCUUCAUCGAGGACCUCCAGCGCGUCAUCUUCGACCACAUCAAGCUCAAGACGACCUACCACAGCACCGGCGCCUCGCGGACCCCGAAGAAGGGCGUGCUGAAGGGCGGCCUCGAGAGCAAGGGCAAGAAGAGGUCCGCGGGGGAGAUGUCCAGCGGCGGCGGCGAGGACGGCGGACAGGGCUCCUCCUCCGCCUCCGCCGUCCCCCCCGCCGUCCAGCAGCCGCCACCCAAGCGCGAGCCGAGCUGUCUGCCGCUCCCCGCGGGGUACAGGGAGUACCCGACGGUGCGCGAGAUCGCGCGCUUCAUCUCCAAGUCGGGCAUCACGAGCGACACGAUCCUGGGCGAGGAGGACGUGCAGAAGCUGAUCGACGUGCUCGUCUUCGACGGGCUGAUUGAGAAGAUCCGCGUCGCGGAGCGGUGGGGGUACAGGGUGUGCCGGGCGCCGAGGCAGAGCCAGAUGACGUGGGCCGGCCGGCAGGACGGCGGUCCCGACGAGGGCGGCCCCGAGCCGUUCGUCAACGGGUACACGGAGGCGCCGUGCGGGCGGUGUCCCGUGUUCGAGCUGUGCGAGGAGGGCGGGCCGGUGAGCGCGAGCAAUUGCACGUAUUUCCAGCGGUGGUUGGGGUUGGAGUAA